AUGGCACCUCUUACACAGGUGGACAACCUCGAGUUCCUCGUCCUCGUGGACAACUGUGAGCUUAUCUACAAUGGCAUUCAGCUCACCCCAGGCGUCGAGUGGAUAUCGACCCUUCCCCCCGGCUUCAGCCAUGAGAUGCCCCAGCACCUCGCCGACCCAGAGGUCACUUACGACGAGCUGACUGGGCUCCCUGUGGCCAAGUUUAACGAGUUCUGCUGCGGCGCUCACGGCCUGUCGAUUCUGAUUACAACAACCAUCGGGGACAAGAAGUACCGCGUGCUGUACGACACUGGACCCGAGGAGCUCACCAUCGACCGUAACGUCAAGGCGAUGAAGGUCAAUCUCACCGAGCUCGACGCGCUCUUCCUCAGCCACUGGCACCGCGAUCACUCGGGCGGUAUCCUCCGCACGCUUGAGCUGCGCAACGAGCAGGCCAAGGCCGAGGGAAAGACCCUCAAGCCUCUCCCAGUCGAUCUGCACCCCGACCGCCCCAUUCGCCGUGGCAUUGCCCCUCCUCCAAACUACAUCCCCAAGGCCAACUUCCUCCCCGACCCCUCGUUUGAGGAGAUCGCGGCAGCGAACGGUGUCGCAGACCUGCACGCCGAGGCCCACGAGAUCCACGUGAACGGGAGCACGAGCGGCGUCGGGGUCUCGGGCGAGAUCCCGCGCGUGCAGCCGUUCGAGCGCGGCCUCCCCGGCGCCGUGACGUGGAUGGCGGACGGCGGAGACGAUCCCGGCAAGGGCGGCUGGUGCACCGACGAGCUGAUCAAGGACGAGCGCUAUGUCGUCAUCGACGUCAAGGGCAAGGGCCUUGUCAUCUUCUCGGCGUGCUCCCACGCCGGCGUGUGCAACGUCGUCACUGACGCCGUCAAGGAGUACGGCCGCCCCGUGCACAUGGUCGUCGGCGGCUUCCACCUCGUCCCGGUCGAGCAGCAGCCCGUCAAGGAGACGGUCGACUUCCUCGCCCGCCGUCUCCAGCCAAGGCCACAGUAUGUGCUCCCUCUGCACUGCACCGGGCUCGCACCGCGCGCCUCCCUCCGCAAUGCGCUCGGCGACGCGUGCAUCGCCGCUGGCGUCGGCAUGAAGGUUGUCGUCAAGGGCGACGAAGCCGGCGAGGCAGCGCUGGACGCGGCCGACCCCAAAAUCAUCCCCUAAGCUACAUGCACUGCUUCAUCUCUAUUGAUCUA